CUAUUCCCUUAUCUUUCUGCAACGCCUUUCUCCAUAUUUUUUUUCUUUAACGUCCCUGUCAUCAUCUCUCUCUCUCUCUCUCUCUCUCUCUCUCUCCCCCUCGUUAUAUAUAUUCACUCCCAUUAUAUUCCAAGACACAGAAAGAGAGAGAGGAUGUUAUCUAAUAGUGUGGUGUGGAUGGAGGGUAGAAAAGAAAAUGAGGCUUCAUGGAACAACAACAAUGGCAAUAACAACAAUGGUGGGUUGGUCAGUAACAGAGAUGAGUUGGGUUCAAUUUCUUCGUUCAAAUCAAUGCUUGAAGUUGGUGAAGAAGACUGGUACUUAUCAAACAGCAAUAACAACAUGGGCUUCACUUCAAAUUUCAAUGAAGUUGAUACAAGUACUUUUUUACUACAGCCACUUGAUUCUUCAUCUUCUUGCUCACCAUCUUCAGCUUUCAACAAUCUUGACCCCUCUCAGCAGGUAAAUUACUUUUUACCACCAAAACCCAGCAGUAAUUUGAUCUUGAAUCCUAUGGAGAGUAAUGGUUUUGGUAUGUGUUCUCAGAAUGUGUUUCUUGAAAACCAAAAUUUGAGUUCUUUGAAUAGGGGGAGUGGGAUUUUGACUGACUUUAAUAACUUGAAUUCUCAAAACCCUCAUGUGGAUACUUCGAAUUUGAGCUCUGAGGCUCAUUUUUCUACUACCCAGUUGCUUCAACUCACUGAGAAUGGUGGGAGUGGUUUUGGGUCUCAAGGGUUUCAAGGGUUUGAGAUAGGGAGUAAUGGGAGUGGGAAUUCUAAUCUGUUCUUGAAUAGGUCUAAGUUGUUGAAACCACUUGAUAACUUUGCUUCUGUUGGAGCACAGCCUACUUUGUUUCAGAAGAGAGCUGCUCAGAGGAAGAAUUUGGGAGAUGGUGGUGGUAAUUUGGGGUUUUUAGGUGGUCUUGGAGGGUAUGAUGGGAAGAGGAUAAUGAGUGGAAUCAAUGACAAGAAGAGGAAGAGUAGCUUUGGGGAUGAUCUGGAUAAUGUUAGCUUUGAUGGGUCAGGUUUGAAUUAUGAUUCCGAUGAGUUCACUGAGAAUACUAAGCUGGAUGAGAGUGAGAAAAAUGGUGGGAACAGUUCAAAUGGGACUAGCACUGUGACUAAUGGAAAUCAGAAAGGGAAGAAGAAAGGACUUCCAGCUAAGAAUUUGAUGGCGGAAAGGCGACGUAGGAAGAAGCUCAAUGAUAGGCUUUACAUGCUGAGGUCUGUUGUUCCGAAUAUCAGCAAGAUGGACAGGGCCUCAAUUCUUGGGGAUGCAAUAGAGUAUUUGAAGGAACUUCUGCAGAAAAUCAAUGACCUGCACAAUGAACUGGAGGCGACACCUUCUGGCUCUUCAGUGACACAGUCCACAAGCUUUUAUCCUUUGACGCCCACUGCACCUACCAUACCACACCAUAUCAAGGAAGAACUCUGUCCAAGCUCAUUGCCAAGCCCAACUGGACAGCCUGCAAGGGUUGAAGUAAGGCUGAGAGAAGGGAGAGCUGUGAAUAUCCAUAUGUUCUGUAACCGAAGGCCUGGUCUCCUGCUCUCAACAAUGAGAGCUCUGGACACUCUUGGGCUAGAUAUCCAACAAGCUGUCAUUAGCUGCUUCAAUGGGUUCGCCUUGGAUAUCUUCCGCGCUGAGCAAUGCAAGGAAGGACAAGAUGUCCAUCCAGAUCAUAUCAAAGCCGUACUCUUGGAUUCAGCUGGCUACCAUGGUCUGCCCUAGGUGUACCCUCGUAGCGGAAAGAUCACCUCAAUGGCAUCAUCCAGCCAAGAUAUCAUAGUUUUAACACCACCUAGAUUCUGUAGUUCAGUUUAAAUUGGCAUCAAACUCUGUGUUUCACCUAGUUCUUUCUUCAAAGUUACAUUUGAUGUUUACAACUUUUCGAAGCACUAAAUUAUGCUUGUAGCUUUAAUUUAAAAAUGUUUCUAUGUUUGAACUAUUUUUAUGCAAUGCAAAUUUGGUAGUAGGUUCCCCAA